UGAUGCCUUUCUUUUCAAAAAUCCCCCGCCUUCUUAUGACGCGGUAUUCACAAUAGCAAGUUCAAGUCAUCGGUCCAAAAUAUCCAAUCCAUAUCAAGAUGACAGAAACUCAUGGGAAAAAGCUCAUGGUUGCUUUGAAAUGUCAGGUAUUAAAUACAGCGGCCAGUGUUACUGGAGAAAGUUUAAUAAAGAAGGAGACAAGGAGGAAGAAGAAAGCCUUACAGCGUUUAUUCAAGCAGAGGGCAGGGUCCUCUGUGCUACUAUUUUAUGGGUCUUUUUGUGCAGGAUUAACGCUCUUCGUGAAAAUCGCCUCAAAAAACCUUUUUCAAUAUCUGAUAUAGAUGGCAAAAAUUUGCUUGGAGCCAUUUUCGUUUUCAUUGGCAUGGUUUUAUAUUUCGCUGAUUUCGGUUUAUGUAUUGCUGGAGCAACAAAGAUUUAUAGUUUGUAUGACAAAGACUUUACGAACUACACAUCCGUCUGCCAUCCCAAGUUCUACAAAUUUUACUACAAUGCCAAAAUUGGACAGCUUGCUGUUUUAAUGCCUUACGCAGUUUACAUUUUAAUUGCUUGGAGCAUAUUAUCUUUAGAACAAAAAAGUUGGUUUUUACAUCAUAAAUGGCGCCAGUGGGCUUGAAUUCUAGAUGCAGACCAAGAUGGUGUCAUCAGCGCAGACGACAUGGAGAAAACAAACGCUAAACUGGAACAGAUCCGCUUAAUUGUAAAUUGCAAAGACAUAGCACCAUCAGAAGAGGAACAAAAGAAAUGGUGGAACGACCAUGUGUUCAAAUGUGGUCCGGGAAAAGAUAUAUGUCUAGAGGAUUACAUAAACUACUUAGAAGGGUUUGCACAACCCCAUGAAAGGCCGGACAAAUUUAGGCCAAUAAUAAUACAGUUCAUUGAUUUUUUCUCAACUGAAGAAUAUCGGAAGAAUUUGAUACUAGAAGAGAGAGACUUUGUUAAGUUCUGGUCUAUUCUUGUAAACAUCGAUGAGCAUCACUGCAGAAAAAUGUUCAUCAAGCAUGUUCCUUCACCUUUAACUCUUGCCUCUUUGUUAGAUGAUUUUGUAGCCUUAGUGUCACACGACGAUAUAUUCAAUUAUAACAAAUACAGGCUGUUUGCUGUUCUAAAACAAAAACAGAAUGGGUGCUGCAACAAAGUGUAAACAAAUGUGUACAUGUUCAUCAACACUUCAUUCCGUGCGAUAUUCUCUGUUACUUCAUAUUUGUAACAUAAUAAUUUUAAUGUAUGUCUUUACGGGAAAAAGUUUUCAUCAAUAUUUAUUCAAUAUACAUGUUCUUAGGAUUGUUUUAUUUCUGUCCAUUGAUACGACUCUAAAGUUAUCAUACUCUGCUUAUGCGGCUCAAAUCUGCUUCUUUGUACAAAAGUAAAAUCUACCAUACGUUCUUUUGAAAUUCUAUAAAAGCACACCAAAAUGUUGAAAUGUGAAUAUUUCCAUUUAUAUUACUUUUCUCUGUGACAAUUCUUUGAAAAAUUUAGUUGGUUUCCUGAUCAUUCUUCCAGAAUGUCAAUUUCGUCAAGCGAUAUAUAAGGAGCUAAAGAGGCCUUUUAUGCAUGUUCAUAAGUCUUGUCU